UAUGUGACGGACAAGUAUCCUAUACAUAGCAAAACACCAUACCAUAAUGUACGCUCUUUCCGUCCUAGUUCCCCCUUUCGCCACAAUUCGAAUCAAGCGAACCCAACCACCGAUCAGGGCAAUGCGAGCCGUGGUUCAGCGAGUGGCCUCUGCCAGCGUCGAGGUGGAAGGUCGCACCGUUUCGGAGAUUGGGCCAGGCCUGCUCGUCCUCGUCGGCAUCCACGAGUCCGAUUCCGACUCCGAUGCCGAAUACAUAUGCCGGAAGGUCUUGAACAUGAGAUUGUUCCAAAAUGAGGAGACUGGCAGAGGGUGGGACCAAAAUGUAAUGCAGAGGAAAUAUGAAAUUCUACUAGUGAGUCAAUUUACAUUGUAUGGAUUCAUGAAGGGCAACAAACCAGAUUUUCAUGUUGCAAUGGCACCCCAGAAAGCAGAGCCUUUUUAUGCUUCUUUAGUUGAUAGGUUCAAGAAAUCUUAUAAUCCUGACGUAAUAAAAGAUGGUAUCUUUGGAGCAAAGAUGAAGGUCAGUUUGGUUAAUGAUGGACCAGUCACAAUGCAGCUGGACUCACAAUUGCCCAAAUGAGCACAAUGAUCGUAUUCAUUGAUCUGCAUGAAGAUCUCAUUUUUUUUUUAGUAUAAUUUCAAUAUAUAUUAUUUGGUUGUUUACUCCUUUAUAAGGAAUACAAAAGGUGUGUUUAUUGGGUUCCUAUUGGUUUACAGCUGAGUCUUUUUUUUUUAAAAAAAUUAGAAUUUUGGAUAGUUUCAGUAGCUACUUUACAUAUGCACCAGAUAUGAAGAUAGGGGCCCCGCGGGGACUCGCUCCUAAUGGGGCGGGGAAUCCCCGUCUUAAUGGGGAACAGGCAAAGACGGCGAUAAUUUUCAAUCCCCAAAUGUUAAAUGGGGCGGGGGUGAGGAUGGUAUUCUCUGCAUCGAUGGGACCGUUUAUAUUUUUGUAAUAUUUUAUAUGUAUUUUAUAUAUUUCUUUAUGUGUUAUUGUAGUAUAUGA